AUGACGCCCCAACCCGACUCUCUAGGGUUUUCUCGACCCGACCCGAGUCUCAAACUAGACUCUAAAUGCCAUACUGCAACCCGACCCGAGCAUCUAACCCGGCCCAACUACAACAUCGACCCGGCCCACUCUGAUUUCCUGACCCGACCCAGUCACAGUCAUGAUCUGGCCCAGUCAACUGCAACUGGGUCAGGCCUAGCUCUAACUCAGGCCCAACAAGCCCACCAGGUCCAAGUGACACAAAUGGUAGCCCAACUUCAGGCCCUGGUUCAGCAACCUAGUGGGUUCGGUUUGCAUCAACCCGGUGGGUCAGGUUCGGCCCAAACUGCUUUAAAUUCAUUACAAAAUACUACAAAUAUCUGUCAAAAUGCUUGGAUUAUUGACUCAGGUGCAACAGAUCAAAUGACUUGGGAUCCCACAAAAUUACAAAAAAUCAAUUAUAUCAGGGACUCCCAACAUGUGACAGUUGCUAAUGGGGCCAAAACCAAAAUUCAUGGCUACGGAUCGAAUUUUCGGAAAGACGAUUGGUGAAGGAAAAUUAGAAAAUGGGUUAUACUAUCUCCAAGAUCCCCCUAAGCAAUGUCUUGUGUCAACCAACCCCAAUCAAGGCAUGUUAAUGCAUCAGCGGUUUGGGCAUCCCUCCGAUAAUGUUUUAAACAAAUUAUUUUAUUACAUCUUAAACUCUAGCAAUUGUGAUGUUUGUAAAUUUUCCAAACACA